AUGGGCAACCUCACUAUUAUCACAGAAUUCCUCCUCAUGGAUAUCUCAAGCUCCCGGGAGCUCCAAGUCUUACAAGGUCUGCUGUUCUUAGUGAUUUAUCUGGGAGCCCUGGCUGGAAAUCUUCUGACGAUUAUAGUCAUUGUGACAGACCCACAUCUUCGCUUUCCGAUGUACUUCUUUAUAGGCAACUUAGCCUUCAUAGAUCUUUGCUGUAUUUCAGCUAGUGUUCCCAAAUCAAUAGUGAAUUCCCUGACAGGUAGAAAAUCAAUCUCACUCAAAGAAUGUGCUGCUCAGAUUUUCCUGUUUAUUUUCUUUGCAUCUAUAGAGCUUGCUUUUCUUGCAGUAAUGUCCUAUGACCGCUAUGCUGCCAUCUGUCACCCCCUGCACUAUAGGCUCACUGUCACCCCACAUAUGUGUGCACAGGCAGUAGGGGGCUCAUGGGCCAGUGGGUUGCUCUAUUCUGCCAUCCAUACAGUCACCAUGUUCAGACUUCACUUCACAAAAUCCAAUGUGAUCCAUCAAUAUUUCUGUGAUAUACCUCAAAUUUUGAGGCUGUCAUCUUCAGAUGUUCAGUUUUCUGAAUCUGUGCUCCUAGCAGUAAGUGCUGGCAUUGUCUUAGUGUGUUUUUCCUUCAUGUUUAUGUUGUAUAUUAAGAUAUUUUCAAGUGUGCUUCAGAUCCGCUCUGCAGAAGCCCGUGACAAAGCCUUAUCCACUUGUACCCCACAGUUGGCUAUUCUUCUUUUGUUUGUAAUUUCUGGGUUAACUGCUGCUUUAGGUCCUAUUGCAAAUAAGGCAUCUCUUAAAAAUCUUCUGACAGCUAUGUUCUACACCACGCUGCCCCCCUUUAUAAAUCCCCUCAUCUAUAGUCUGCGGAACAGAGAGAUUAACAGUGCUCUUCGCAGAAUGCACAGAAGAUACUUUGAGUUCCCAAGCAGGGCUUUACUUGAUUAA